UCGACGGCAGCUUAACGAUUCCUCUGAUUCUGAAACUUUCAAAGACGAAAAGCCACAUCGAUGGCUUACGAUCAAGUAGAGAUCGAAGACUUUACAUGGAACGAAGAGCUUCAAUCCUUCACCUACCCAUGUCCUUGCGGCGAUUUGUUCCAAAUUACAAAGGAAGAUCUUAAACUCGGUGAGGAGAUCGCCAAUUGCCCUAGUUGCUCUCUCUAUUUAAUUGUAAUCUACAAUAUGGAAGAUUUCAUCGGCGAUUCUGAUCAGAAAUCGAAGAACAAUAAGGAGCCGGUAAAGCAACAGCCUGUAUCUGUCGCUUGAAAUCUCUAGUCUCCGUCAAUUUUGCCAUUCAUACAUCAUAUUGUUUUAUCCAGGUUUUGCUAAUUUCGUUCUUUUGAUAGUUUUGUUGUUAAUUACGCUAUUGUUUGUAAUUUGGGUUCUGUUUAAUUCAAAUUUGAUCAUACUUCUAAAUGA